AUGGGCAAGGACACCAUCACCCUCGCUUCCGGCCGUGAGAUGCCCCUCGUGGGCUUCGGCCUGUGGAAGGUUCCCCGCGAGGCUUGCGCCGACACCGUCUACAAUGCCAUCAAGACCGGUUACCGCCUCUUCGACGGCGCCUACGACUACCAGAACGAAAAGGAGGCCGGCGAGGGUGUCCGCCGCGCCAUCGCCGACGGGCUCGUCAAGCGCGAGGACGUCUUCAUCACGACCAAGCUGUGGAACAACUACCACCGCAAGGAGCACGCCGUCGCCAUGGCCAAGAAGCAGAACGAGGCCUGGGGCCUGGGCUACAUCGACCUGUUCCUCAUCCACUUCCCCGUCGCCCUCAAGUACAUUGACCCGGCCGUCAACGAGUUCCCCUGCUGGUGGAUGGACAAGGAGGGCACCAUCGUCGAGCCCGACCACGUGCCGAUCCGCGAGACGUGGGAGUGCAUGGAGACGCUCGUCGACGAGGGCAUCGCCAAGUCCAUCGGCGUCUCCAACUUCCAGGCCCAGUCGCUCUACGACAUCCAGUCCUACGCCCGCCACCCCAUCUCGUCGCUCCAGAUCGAGCACCACCCGUACCUCGUCCAGCCCGACCUCAUCGCCAUGGCCCAGGAGAACAAGAUCGCCGUCACGGCCUACUCGUCCUUCGGCCCCCAGUCCUUCCUCGAGAUCUCCAACAAGCGCGCCGUCGACGCCAAGGGCCUGUUCGAGGUCGACGCCGUCAAGGACAUCGCCGCCCGGCACGGCGUCACGCCGGCCCAGACGCUGCUCCGCUGGGCCACGCAGCGCGGCGUCGCCGUCAUCCCCAAGAGCAACAGCCAGCACCGCCUCAAGCAGAACCUCGAGGUCAACGGCUUCGACCUGACGCCCGAGGAGCUCGACGCCAUCUCGGACCUCGACCUCGGCCUGCGCUUCAACGACCCGGGCUUCUACCUGCCCCAGCGUCCCCUGCGCAUCUUUGCGUAA